AUGGAGAGGAUCGCCUUCUCUAGGAAAGGUCAAAGCACACGUAGAGGCGGCGAGGUCGGGUACCCAUGGGGCCACGCCCGACGAGGCUUCUGUCCAAGCGCCGUCGUGUGGGGGCUCUCGUGGCUGGCGAGAUCGUACAGGUGCAGCUUCUGCAACAGGGACUUCCGAUCUGCGCAGGCUCUCGGCGGCCACAUGAACGUCCACCGGAGAGACCGCGCCAGGCUGAGAGUGCCCCCUCCUCUCUCUCUCCGUCCCUAUCACCUUUCUCUAUCCUCAGGAGCUUCUUCUUCUUCGUCGGAGGCGGCUCACAUGGUACCCAAAGCAUCUCUCGGCGGCGGCAGCGCUGAGGAGGUCCUCGCCGGAGAGGACGGUCGCGCUAACAUCACAAUUGAGGCUGACUUGGAGCUCCGCCUGGGUUACGCUUAG